AGCCUCCGCCGUCGCCGCUCCCACGCUGCCGGGCGGCGGCGGCGGCGGCUCUGGUUCCGUGCCAGUGCUUUUUUGUUUCUCGGUGUUCGCAAGGCCUUCGACGGUGCCUCACGGCUCUGGCUACGAGGUGCUGAUCCAGAAGUUCCUCAGCCUUUACGGCGACCAGCUGGACAUGCACCGCAAGUUCGUGGUGCAGCUUUUCUCCGAGGAGUGGAGCCAAUACAUCGACCUGCCCAAGGGCUUCCUGGUGAGCGAGCGCUGCAAAGUGCGCCUCGUCCCGCUGCAAAUACAGAUAACUACUUUGGGCAAUCUCACACCUUCAAGCACUGUGUUUUUUUGUUGUGAUAUGCAAGAGAGAUUCAGACCUGCUAUCAAGUAUUUUGGGGAUAUAAUCAGCGUUGGACAACGACUGCUCCAGGGUGCACGAAUUUUAGGAAUCCCAGUGAUUGUGACUGAACAAUAUCCCAAAGGUCUUGGAAGCACAGUGCAAGAAAUUGACUUGACUGGAGCUAAACUUGUCUUACCUAAAACAAAAUUUUCUAUGGUACUCCCGGAAGUUGAGGCGGCUUUAGCAGAGAUUCCUGGAGUACGCAGUGUUGUUUUAUUUGGAGUCGAAACUCAUGUCUGCAUCCAACAGACAGCACUGGAAUUGGUGGGCAGAGGUCUGGAAGUUCACAUUGUGGCUGAUGCAACCUCCUCAAGAAGUAUGAUGGACAGAAUGUUUGCCCUAGAGCGUCUUGCUCGGACUGGGAUUAUUGUUACCACUAGUGAAGCUAUAUUGCUGCAGCUGAUAGCUGACAAAGACCAUCCCAAGUUCAAAGAAAUCCAAAAUCUCAUUAAGGCAAGUGCUCCAGAGUCAGGUCUUCUUUCCAAAGUAUAAAGAGGACACUUAAAAAAACCUUGGCAAUGAAGGGUUAAAGUUACAGUACAAAAUCACAUGAAUGCUCAGUCUCCAACACAUGCAUGUGUGCUUACACACACAACACAUACCCCUUCUACAAGUUGAUGUAUUUGUGCUUGCCUUAGCAGAAUUUGUCCGAUUAUGCUGUCCAGGUGCCACUGUAUUCUGUUAGUUAACAGCUCUUUAAGGCUUUAAGUACAUACUAUAGGAUUAAUUUGUUGUCAGAACAAAAUAUUAAAAACAGAGGUGCCUGUCUGUCUGUACUGUACCCACUGAUUGUAAUACAGCUCAAAAAAGUGCAUAUUUUUGUGAAAUCUCUCUUGAUUGUACAAAUGUACUGUGGCAUUGUUUUACUUUUUGUAACAAUUAUAUAAAAAGAUAUAGAUACAUAUGAUACAAUGUUUUGACAUUCUAUAAAUGGAUCCAUAUUUUAAAUAAACAGAAUAUGCAUAUACUUUUGGGAAAAAGUGCUUGCUUUAUAAAUAAAUAAGUUAAAGAAAGAAGCAAUAUAUAAAUGUAUUACAGAUGUAUUAGAUGUUUUGGUAGGUAAGCUAACUAGGCUGAUUCUUGAUUAUUCAAGCCCUUAUUACUCACUGCUGUUCUGGUAUCCUUUACUAUAAAGUUCUAAGUGGAAAGAGUCUACCAGUUCAUGUCAUCUUACAACUCUUAAGCACAUUUGUCUUCAUAUUAAUUAGAAUAUAUGAAUGAUGACAUAGUGGGAUAUUACCAUAAUUCUCUUGUACACAAUUCAGAGGAAGAUGCUCAAGCUUCUCAUUUCCAAGUACUAAGAUAACUUUUUUUCUGGAUGUGUUGUGAGAUUUAUUUUUAAUCUGGUAUGUCUAGAUUUAAUGAACUUCAUCUGACUUUUGCAUUAGUUCAAGUGAAGCUUUGGGUGAAAAUCAUCAGUUUUAUGCAGGAUUUUGUAAUAUGUAUGCUGAGUAAUCCUCAAGAUGAACCUGGUACAGAACAUUUUUUGGGAAUGACACCUGUAUCUUCUAUGGUUGGAAAUAAAUCUGAACAGCAGUGCUCUUACUUAAACCAAUUAAUUCAUUUUAUGUGAUUAAAAUUGUUCUGAGGUUUGUACCAAGAAUAUAUGUGGCUUUAUAGAAAAGUAUUUUGCAAUAUGACACAUAGUACUACAGCCUUUUCAAAACAUGUUGGAAGGUUCCUAAGUUUCUCACAAAUGUUGACACUAAAAUGAUUUCGGUAUGUUUGAAUAAAUGCAAAUGUUUACUGUGUCUAAUUA